AUGAAACGUUUGAAUGUCAAGCUGCUGGUCAUCCUUUUCGUUGGUGUGGUUGUGCUCACUGGAGCAGCCUUCGGACUGUGGAUGAUGAACACGUCCCGAACACUCGACGCCUUGAGAGCAGAGGCUCAGCGGCUUGAAGAAGAAGGGGAAACUCAGAAGGCGAUUGAAUACUACGGUCGUUACCUGAGACAGGUGCCGGAAGAUUCGGAAGCUGCCGGUCAGUACGCCAUGUUGGUUGCUGAUUGGGCCGAAGAACCAGGGGCUCCACGCCAAGCAAAUCAAUUGGCAUUUCAAGAGCUGGAGCGAGCUCUGCGUCUAGAUUCCUCGCGCGAUGAUAUUCGACGUCGGCUAAUCAAAUACACCAUGGCUCGACGCCGUAUUGCGGACGCCAUUCAGCAUAUCGAUGUUUUGCUUGAGAAGUAUCCGGAAGACGGUGAACUGCACGCUCGUUUGGCUCAGUGCCAUGCCUCGCAAAAUCGAUUGGAUGAAGCACAGCAAGCAUUCGAGAAAUCGAUUGAGGCUGAUCCCCAACGGGUCGAUUCUUACCUGGCCUACGCGGUAAUGUUGCGAGGUAAGCUCGACAGCGUUGAUGAAGCCAACGAGUUGAUCGACAAGAUGGUGGAAGCGAAUUCCGAAGACUAUCGUGCCCACCUUGCUCGAUGCAGCUACUUGCAGGCUUACAACAUGAAUGAAGAAGCCUGGAAUGAUAUUCAAAGGGCUGCUGAACUCGCACCUAAUGAAAUGGAGGUGCUGCUCACCGCUGCCAAUCUCGCUAGACAAACGAUGCGGAGGGAUGAGGCCGCCGAGUAUUUAGCGAAAGCACGGGAAAUCGAUGACGAGAAUCAGGAAGUGUUUCGCCAGCUGGCUUCGCUAGCCUAUGAGUCUAAGGAUCCUGAGCUGGCAAUGAAGUAUGUCGAUGAGGGUAUCGAGAAAGUGCCAACAAGCAGGGCGCUCUUGGAGAUGAAGGCCAGCCUACACAUUGAAGCAGAAGAACUCGAACAAGCCCAAGAAGCGAUCGCCAAACUCGAUGCUCUUCGUCACGAUGUCGAAAAGCUGGACUUUUUGCGGGCUCAAGUUUUGCUACGUGAAGGGCAGUACGUGCGGGCGGCGCAACUCUUGGAGAGCAUUCGUCCACUAUUGGUGCGAGACACCUUCAAUCGGAUUCGAACCAAUCUCACACUGAUUACGUGUUAUGAAAGACUCGGUCAGAUGGACUUGGUGAUUGAUGCGUGUAACCGUGUCCUCGCCGAUGAUCCACAAAACGAGUUGGCGCGUCGGCGGAGAGUUGGUGCUCAUAUGCAGAAUGAGCAGUACGACAUCGCCAAUCAGGAAGCAGACGAUGGAACGGCAUCUAUGACGCCAGUUGCCUUUCAAACGAUGAUUGGCGUACAGCUAGGGUUGCCCGAGGGGCAACGCGAUUGGUCUCGUGCAUACGACUACAUUGCUGCAAUUCGGAAACAAACCGAAGAGAUCGAAGAUGAAGAAAUUCGUGCUCGCCAAGAGACGAAUAUCAAACUUUACGAGGCGGAGAUUAAGUUUCACGAGGGACAUACAGAAGAAGCAGAGAAGCUGAUCGUUGAAGCCCGCGAUGCUUAUCCGGACGAUCCCUCGAUGUGGGUUGCCUUAGCGAACUUCCGGCAGCGCACCGAUGGCAUCGAAGCGAUGUUCGCAGUUCUUGACGAGGCCGAGGAGAAGCUUGGUCCGAAAAUGUUCUUCUUCCAGAAGAGGAUUCAUGGCUAUCAGGCAAUGAAUUCGGAUGAUGCCGAGUCUCAACUAUUGGCGAUGGAAGCCGAGGCUCGGGAAAAAUACCCUGAAGAUAUGCAGGUUGUUUUGCUGGCCAAUUUGGCAGAGGCAUUGCUUUCUCUCGGAAACUACGACGAAGGCAGCCGCCUGUACCAGAUUGUUGACGAGGAAACGCCGCACGACGAUUUGCGAGUGCGCAUGCGUCGCUAUGAAAUCGCCUCGGCUGUCGGCGAUGAAGACGGCAUGCAAGAGGCCUCUGACUUGAUCGCUGAAAUCGUGGGUAAGGACAGCGCCGAAUGGAACUAUGUUCAGGCCGAUCGUCGCAUCACGCUGAUUACCAAAGGCAAGUUGGACAGCAGUCAAUUGUCCGAGGCUCGAGAAUAUAUUGAGAAAGCCGCUGAAUCACGUCCCAAUUGGUAUGCGGUUUGGCGGGUGCGAGCCCAAAUCGAUCGUCAAGAAGGUAACUAUGAUAGCGCGAUCGAUAACUACGAGCGAGCGAUCGAGCUUGGUGAGCGGCAACGCGGCCACUACAUGGAUUUGGUUCGUCUUUAUUCGAUUGUUGGUGAACCUGAUAAGGCUCUUAAGUACUUGGAGCAACUUAAGCGUGGUACGCCCGAUUCACUCCAGCUGGCUCGCGGUGAGAUGAUUGUGCGUAUGCAAGCAGGAGAUGCGAAGGGAGCAUUUGAGGCGGGCAAAGACGUGAUGGAGAUGUCUCAAGAUGCCGGUGACUGGGUGCAAUUCGGCCGGAUUUUAGCCCAGCUUGAGAAUAGCGACGAGUCGUUUGAGUAUCACACGACGGCAGAAGGUGCUCUCCGUAAGGCAACCGAAUUGAGCCCCAAUGACGGUUCGAUUUGGACUACAUUAGUUCAGUAUCUGGUAAACACCAACAAGCAAGAGGAAGCCGGAGAUGUAAUCGCCGAGAUGCAGGGGCAUCUGACCGAUGAGCAGGAACCCCUGGUCAUGGGAAUGUGUUAUCAGAUGAUUGGACGGGGAGACGACGCUGAAAAAGCGUAUCUCCGCGCGUUCAAGAAUCAGCCCCAAAGCUUGGGGGUUCUGCGGACGCUCGUAACCUUCUACGUCCAGAAUCGCAAUCGCCCCAUGGCGAUCGACUAUCUGGAUAAGAUGCUUGCCUUAGAAGACGGGCAAUCGGGAAGCGAUAUGAACAACAUCCGCUGGGCCCGUCGGUCGAAGGCUCAAAUGAUUGCCCAGUCUGGCAAUUAUCAGGACCUACAGCGGGCACUGGCACUUAUCGACGAGAAUAAGGCCAAUGGAAGUCUCCCACGCAGCGAGCUAGUUCAAAAAGCAACCUUGCUUGGAGGACGUCCUGACUAUGAGUCGAGAAGUGAAGCAAUCAGCUUACUCGAAGAACUUCAGUUCCGCCUGCAGGGACAGGGAAUGGAACUGGCGCCGAUGGAGAAGCAUCUUCUCGCUCGUCUAUAUGAGAAGGACUACAAGCCUGAUUCUUGGCUGAAAUGCCGUGAGCAAAUGCUGGAACUGAUUGCCUCGGUACCUCCGAGCCAAAGCCAGGUCUAUAAAUUCGAUUUCAUUCGCAUGUUGACGAAUCGAGCUGAGAAUCCUGCGGAUUUGGCCAGCCUAGAGGUGAAAACUUGGCUAGAUUCUCUCGAAUCAGAUGGCGAAGGCGACAUGCUGACUGAAGCGAAGGUUCGCUAUCUUGCGAAGGCGGGACAGCCCGAACAGGCGGUUGAAACCAUGCAGCAAGCCAUCCCCACGGUGGCUGAUAUCCUGCCGGAAGAAGUGCAGCGAUUGCUGGGUGCCGCAAAGGUUCUUGAAUCGCUCGAGCUGUACGAAGGAGCGGAGGACUUCCUCAAACGCUAUGUCAAAGCGAAGCCGGAUGAGCAGCUUGAACUGGCAUCAUUCUAUGGGCGUCGGCACCAGCUCGACGAUGCGUUGUUUGUGUGCAAAGAAGCGUUGGAUAAUAAAUCCUAUACAGAGGUAGCGACGGUCGCGCAAGGAGUGAUCCGCAGCUGCUUGGCUCAGGUUGAUAUCCAAGACAAGCACUAUGACAUGGUCGAGGGUUGGCUGAACAAAGCCCUCGAAGAGGAAGAAAGUCGCGAUGCGGUUCGCGUGACGAUGGCAGAUUUCCAGGAUGCCAAGGGGCAAUACGAUGAGGCCGUUAAGUUGUACGAGCAACUUCUCAAAGAGAAGAAUCUCUACGAUCGAGGUCGGGUUACCGCAUUGAAUAACCUCGCAUUCAUCUACGCGGUGCGUGACAACAACGGAAAGCGCGCUCAGCCGCUGAUUGAGGAAGCCAUCUCCAUUGUUGGCCCGCUACCCGAACUCCUCGACACCAAGGCGAUGGUCCUCCUUGCUAUGGGUGACACCCAGCAAUCGCUCAGCCUUCUUGAAUCGGCUCUGCAGGCUUCUCCCGAGGACAGCAUGCUGUACUUCCACAAGGCGAAGGCUCAGAAAUCGGCCGACGACAUGGAUGGCUUCUACGAGUCCAUGGAGAGGGCGAUGGCUGAAGGCUUGGAUAAGUCGAAGUUGCCGGUCCUGGAGCAUCAGGAUUACCAGGAGAUGGUCAAAACUUACGAACUCAUUCGGGAUUACUUCUCGCACUGGCCCACUGGGGUCGCACCAACUGGGGUUCUCGUCACCAGCUACGAAGAGCAGAUCCCAUUUCAGAACUUCAUGACGGGAGAAGCUCUGCUGGUUGUUGAACGCAGAGUGACGCAGCCGGAACGCGUGGCGAUUGUUAGGUGUCGAGUCACUCGGCACAUUCCCCUAGAUAACCAAGAGGAGUCUUCGGUGAGUCAAGCCAGCGACAAACCCCAAAAGGAUCAACCCACGGCUGCAACACCUCAAGCCGGCGAGCAACAACGGCAGCAGGUGAAGAUCGACGACACUCAUGCCACGGCUUCGUAUGCCAACUUCUGCCGAGUCACAGGUACUCCGGAAGAACUGAUCGUCGACUUCGGCCUCAACCCUCAGCCGUUCGGAGUUCCGACCGAGCCGGUGCCAAUUUCUCAGCGGAUCGUGACCAAUUUCUAUACGGCAAAGCGGAUGCUUGCGGCUUUGCAACUCACCAUCCAACGUCACGAAGCCACCUUUGGUGUUCUGGAAACGGAUGUUCAGAAGCGCGUCGUUGGUGGUGCUCCCCUCUCUGUCGCGAGUCUCGCCGUGGUGGGCGCGGCGGGCGUUGAUACGCGAGGGCAGUCAAGCUCCAGUGCAGAACAUCACACCGUGAAGACGAUUUAUCUCGACUACAACGCCACAACCCCGUGCGCUCGUGAAGUUCAAGAAGCGAUGCUGCCGUUCUUGGCCGAGUACUACGGGAACCCUUCAAGCGGCCAUGUGUUGGGUCGGGCUUCUCGCGAGGCAAUCGAGGAUGCGAGAACUCAGGUCGGGUUGAUGCUGGGUGCCGACCGCACCGAGAUCGUCUUCACUUCCGGUGGUACCGAGAGCAACAAUCUCGCCCUGAAAGGGAUUGCCUUUCGCGGAGGGCACCCGCCCCAGGGCCAUCUGGUCAUCUCGGGUAUCGAACAUCCGGCUAUCAACGAACCAGCCCGAUUUCUCAAGAACGUGGGCUGGGAGCUAACGGUCGUGCCUUGCAACUCGCAAGGGGUGGUCGAACCCGAGGCCGUUGCCGAAGCCCUGCGAGAGGAUACUCGCCUGGUCAGCGUAAUUCACGCGAACAACGAGAUUGGCACCAUUCAGCCCAUCGCAGAAAUUGCAGAGGUCUGCCACAAGCAGGGCGUGCUCGUUCAUACCGACUCGGCCCAAAGCAUCGGGAAAAUUGAAAUCGAUGUGGCGGCGUUGGGGGUCGAUUUGCUUUCCGUUGCGGGACACAAGUUCUACGCUCCCAAAGGCGUCGGGGCGCUCUACGUCCGUCGCGGUGUUCAACUCGAACCGCUGCUGCACGGAGCUGGGCAUGAAUCGGGACAGCGAGCUGGAACCGAGAACACUGCCUUCAUUGCGGGACUUGGGCGGGCCGCCGAUCUGGUACGGAUGAAUCUCGAGUCUUCGGCCGAACGGAUGGAAGCACUACGCGACGAACUGUGGGAGUUGCUUCGCGAGGCCGUCGGAGCUGGCUUGAAGCGGAACGGUGAGGGUGCGGAUAUCCUGCCUAAUACGUUGUCCCUACGGUUUCCUGGAGUGGUUGGACACGAUAUGUUGGCCCGCGUACCCGAGCUUUGCGCGUCGACGGCGGCCGCUUGCCAUUCGGGCGACACCGAGAUAUCGGCCACACUUGCAGCCUUAGGGCUGACGCCGGAAGAAGCCCAGGGCACCGCCCAGACGAUGAGCGACACUCCAGCGACUGAUUGGUACCGAAUCGAAAAUGCCGACACAGUCGACUCGCCGGCAUUGAUGUUCUAUCCAGACCGUAUCCGCGAGAACCUGCGGCGAAUUAUCGCCAUCGCUGGAGAUCCCCAGCGGUUGUGGCUUCAUAUUAAAACCCACAAGAUGCGGGAAGUGAUUCGCCUGGCCCUCGAUGCCGGCAUUACAAGAUUCAAGGCCGCCACUGUGGCCGAGGCCGAAUUAGUUGCCGAGUGCGGAGCCGCAGAGGUCAUUCUGGCGUAUCCGUUAGUGGGACCGAAAGCGAAUCGGUUUGCCGAGCUGGUGUUGGCAUUCCCGAAAACGCGUUUUCUCACUAUCGGCGACGAUGCGCACGCGUUGUCCGAUCUGUCAGAGGCUCUUGUUGCCAAAAACGUCGACGGUCCAAUAGAGAUUUUGCUCGACCUGGAUACCGGGAUGCACCGCAGUGGUGUCGCACCCGAUCCGAAGGCAAUCGAAGUCUAUCGCCGAAUAAACGAGCUACCGGUUCUGGCCCCAGGCGGGCUGCACAUCUACGACGGUCAGUUCAAAGAACGCGACUUCGAAGAGCGAUGCGCCCAUGUGGCCGAGUCGUUGGUACCGGUCGAUAAACUUCGGGAUGAUCUAAUCGCCCAGGGUUUACCCGUUCCGCGAGUUGUUGCCGGUGGUACCCCGACAUUUCCGGUUCACGCCCGCCGGGCCGACUUCGAAUGCAGCCCCGGUACCUGUGUUCUGUGGGACACCGGUUACGAGUCGAAGUUUCCCGACCUCGAAUUUCUCCAUGCCGCGGUGUUGCUUACCCGCGUGAUCAGCAAACCGACGCCUGAUCGAUUGUGCCUCGACCUGGGUUACAAGGCGGUGGCCUGCGACAAUCCCGACCCUCGCGUGCAGCUGCUCGAUCUGCCGGAUGCCAAGGCGGUGGUGCACAAUGAAGAGCACUUAACCGUCGAAUCGCCGGGUGCCGCGAACUUUGCUGUAGGCGACGUGCUCUAUGCAGUGCCCUUUCACAUCUGCCCGACGACGGCCUUGCAUCGCGAAGUGGUGGUCGUCGAAAGUGGCCGCGCGGUCGAUCGGUGGCAGGUUGCCGCCCGUCUUCUUGGGCUCGAUAAACAUCUCGGCGGCGGCUUGAUUCCCGGCACACUGACCGUGGUUUAUGGAGCCACUGGGAUUGGUAAGACCCAACUUGGCGUCCACUAUGCCAACGCCGGGCGUCAGCAAGAGGGGCGGCGGGGGGUCUUCUUCGACAUGAGCAGCCGCGGCGAUUCGCAGAACCACGCCAACUACACUCAAACCUUGCACGAUUGGAAACUAAGCCCGUUCGAUCGGCGGCAGCAAGAAUUACACGACGGUGUGUUCGAACUCGAUACCGACUGGGGUGAGUACGCCAAUGUCUUCGGUUACGAAGGCAAGCGGGUAAGCCGACGGGAGAUGGAUUUCGAUGGCUGGCGUGAUUGGAAGAGCGAUAUCGUCCGCACCCUGCAAUCGACUAUCGCCUUCUACUACGGACACUUUGUUCGUGGCGUACAACGCACCGUGGUAGACGGUAUCGAACCGGUCGAUCGCCCUGUGGACUCGAUGCAGUUCGAAAUGUUUGAGUACGUCUACCACCAACUUCUCAGAAAAGAGGCCGAGUGGGUUGCCCGAGAUUUGUUCCGUGAACGGUAUCGCGAGAACGCAGCCCAAGCCGAAUCACAUAGCUACGACGAGGGCCAAGUAAGCUGCCUACUGUUGUGUACAUCCCACGAACCGAUGCUUGAAGAUCUGAUUCGUCGCCCCCUGGGAGAAAGCGACCUGCUUUCAGGUGCGAACACCGUGAUCUACAUGGGGAAAACGCAAGAGCAGGGGCGGUUCGGGCGUGGCCUGUACGUUGCCAAACAUCGCGGAAGCGCAUGCAGCGACGACAUCAUCCCGUAUGAGAUCUCCGAUGCAGGAUUGCUGUUUCUCGAAUAA